AUGCUCCGAUACCGUCUGCUGAUGCCUCCUCUGGUCCAGGCCAUCUUCAAUGGAGACCCUGAGGAGAUACGCAUGCUCAUCUACAAAUCGGAAGACAUCAACGCUCUGGAUGCAGAGAAGCGCACCCCGCUCCAUGCUGCAGCCUUCCUGGGUGAUGCAGAGAUCACUGAGCUUCUUAUCCUCUCCGGGGCGCGGGUCAACGCCAAAGACAGUAUGUGGCUCACCCCUCUCCACCGCGCGGUGGCAUCCUGUAGUGAGGAGGCGGUUCGUGUGCUGAUCCGUCACUCUGCUGAUGUGAACGCGCGGGAUAAGAACUGGCAGACGCCGCUUCACGUUGCCGCUGCCAACAAGGCCCUGCGCUGUGCUGAAGUCAUCAUCCCGCUGCUGAGCAGCGUCAACGUGUCGGACCGCGGGGGGCGCACCGCCCUGCAUCACGCCGCCCUCAACGGGCACACUGAGAUGGUUAACCUGCUGCUGGCUAAGGGAGCCAACAUCAAUGCCUUCGAUAAGAAAGAUGGCCGCGCCCUGCACUGGGCGGCUUAUAUGGGACAUCUGGAUGUAGUGUGUCUGCUAGUCAGCCAGGGGGCAGAGGUCAGCUGUAAGGACAAGCGAGGUUACAGCCCCCUACACACGGCCGCUUCUAACGGUCAGAUCGCUGUGGUCAAACACCUGCUCAACCUGGCUGUGGAGAUAGAUGAGGCCAAUGCGUUUGGUAACACGGCUCUGCACUUGGCCUGUUUCAACGGUCAGGAUGCUGUGGUCAGUGAGCUGAUAGACUACGGGGCUAACGUCAGCCAGCCCAACAACAAGGGUUUCACCCCUCUGCACUUCGCUGCAGCCUCCACCCACGGAGCUCUCUGUCUGGAGUUCUUGGUCAACAACGGGGCUGACGUCAACGUGCAGAGUCGGGAUGGGAAGAGCCCCCUCCACAUGACAGCGGUCCACGGCCGCUUCACUCGCUCCCAGACACUCAUCCAGAAUGGUGGGGAGAUUGACAGUGUGGACAAGGAAGGAAACACUCCUCUUCACAUCGCUGCUCGCUAUGGUCACGAGCUCCUCAUUAACACACUCAUCACCAGCGGAGCCGACUGCACAAGGUGUGUACGAGGGGUCCAUGGUAUGUUUCCUCUGCACCUGGCUGCUAUGAACGCCCACUCAGACUGCUGCCAGAAGCUGCUCUCUUCAGGCUUUCAGAUCGACACCCCUGAUGCACUGGGGAGGACCUGCCUGCACGCUGCCGCCGCCGGAGGUAAUGUGGAGUGUGUGAAGUUGCUUCUGAGCAGCGGUGGGGACCACAACCGGAGGGACAAGUGUGGCAGGACCUCUCUCCACUAUGCGGCAGCCAGUCGUCACUACCAGUGCCUGGAGACCCUGGUGUCGUGUGGGACCUGCAUUAAUGCCACUGACCAGUGGGGGCGCUCUGCUCUGCACUACGCUGCUGCUUCCGACCUGGACAGAAGGCGACGUCAGGCUCUGGAGCCAGAGAGUGAAGGGGUGCAAGCAGAGAAGGAGAAGGAGGCUGCGCUAUGUCUAGAAUUCCUUUUGCAAAGUGGUGCUACUGCCUCUCUGAAGGAUAAGCAGGGCUACAGUCCUGUCCACUAUGCUGCAGCCUAUGGCCACAGACACUGCCUGGAGCUGCUGUUGGACAGAGACGAGAGUCACCAGGAGGACCCAGACUUUCUGGGUGCCAGGAGCCCCCUGCACCUUGCUGCAUACCACGGCCAUGCACAGGCUCUGGAGGUGUUGCUGCAAGGGGAGAGGGAGGUAGACCAGGGGGACGAGGCUGGUCGUACUCCCCUGGCCCUAGCGUCCCUCAGGGGCCACACUGACUGCGUCCACACCCUUCUCAGCCAGGGGGCCUCGCCACGCACCACGGACACCAACAGGGGACGCACCCCGGUACACCUAGCAGUGAUGAAUGGUCAUAUGUCGUGUGUCCGCCUCCUUCUGGACGACCAGGAUAGUGCAGACCUGGUGGACACGACAGACUCUCAGGAACAGACUCCUCUGAUGCUUGCGGUGGCAGGGGGACAUGUGGACGUUGUGUCUCUGCUGCUGGAGAGAGAGGCUGCUGUAGAUACAGCAGACAACCAUGGCCUGACCGCCCUGCACUUGGGGUUGCUGUGUGGUCAGGAAGAGUGUGUUCAGUGUCUGUUGGAGCAGGAGGCCUCUGUGUUGCUGGGGGACUCCAGGGGCCGAACAGCCCUCCAUCUGGCUGCAGCGAAGGGCCACGCAUCCUGGCUCGCUGAGCUGCUGAGUAUGGCCUGUUCUGAACUGCCCAUGCCCCCCCUCCGAGACCACCAGGGGUUCACCCCCCUGCACUGGGCCUGCUACAAUGGUCACGAGGGCUGUGUGGAGGUACUGCUGGAGCAGAAAGGUUGUCGCUGUAUCGAUGGGAACCCCUUCACUCCCCUGCACUGUGCUGUGGUGAAUGAUCAUGAACCCUGUGCCUCACUACUGCUGGAAGCCAUGGGAUCAGACAUGGCCAGCUGUAAGGACGCUAAGGAUCGGACUCCACUCCAUGCUGCAGCGUUCUCUGGUCAUGUGGACUGUGUCCAGCUGCUUCUGGCCCAUGAUGCACCUGUGGAUGCUGUGGACCAAUCAGGGUGCAGUGCGCUGAUGAUGGCUGCAGAGAAGGGAAGAGUCGGGACUGUAGAGGUGCUGCUGACCAGUGCCAACGCCAGCCUGAGGUUGGUGGACCAGAAUGGUAACACCGCCCUCCACCUGGCCUGCAGUAGCGGAAAGGAGGACUGUGUACUAUUCAUCCUGGAGAGGCUGAAGGACACUGUGCUCAUAGCUUCCACCAACGCAGCACUGCAGACGCCCCUCCACCUAGCGGCCCGUAGCGGUCUGAAGCAAGCUGUCCAGGAGCUGCUGUCCAGGGGGGCCAGUGUUCAGAUGUUGGAUGAGAACGGUUUGACCCCUGCUCUGGCUUGCGCUCCUAGCAGGGAGGUGGCUGACUGUCUGGCUCUCAUUCUGGCUACCAUGAUACCUUUCUGCUCCCCUUGCAGCUCCGGUGCGCCCUCCCCAGGUUCCCUCCUGAGAGCCCUACCCAGGGAGGGGAAAAGCUCCCAUGGCCCUCGCAGCCCCAAGGCCCCCUCGGACCCCUCUAGCGAGGGCAGUGCCAGUCAGGGCGCCACUGAAAACGACUCGGACUCAGAAACCUUUUGACCCCUGUGACCCUGACUCUUAUCAGACUACCUGGAUGCCUGAAGAUCAGCACUCUCCCACCACCCGACCAACCUGAUUCCUUGCUUGUGUCCCAGAGCAGAACCUCUCAGUGGGGUUUGUACAGGACUUUGUUCCCCGUAAAGGCUGAAGGGAUGGAGCUUGACCCAUAACCUAACUGUGAUUCUGUCUGCUGGUGCUUCUUCUCCAGAUCACUCUUGGUACUGUGUCUCAGCUUGGCGAUCUAUGACAGGCUGACACCUUUUUUUAUUAAAUACCUUUUUUUAUUAAAGCAAUUUUUUUAUUUUUUAUGAAAAGAGACCCAAGGAUGAAGAAAAGUAGAAUUGUAACCUUUUCUAUUUUGGUUGGUUGAUGUACCAAAUAUUGACUUAACAUAAGUCAUUAUGUUAAUGUUUGUGUCUGGGUAGCCUAGGUAUGCAUUGAAAGGUACACCCUGCUCUGUCUAUCUGCCCAGUGAUGUAUAGCACAAACCAACUGAAGCACAAUUCUAGAAUUCACUUAUAAGCUUAUUAUAGAGAAACAGGGUAGAAUGCUUUCCUCUAGUUACAGUGUUUGUAUAGUCAGAGUAUGGCCUUUAUGCAAAGAAGUGGCACAAUUUUCAACCUCUUGUGUUCCCACACCAAUAGAAAUAUGACAUUGGGCACUGAGUUGUUCCUGAUCCUGUCACGUGGUCAGUUAGGAAACUUCUGUCCCUCGUGUUACAGGUCCAUAGCGUUUCAGUAAAUUACAUGCCCAGAUACAGUAUGUCAGAUCAGGUCUCCAGUGAAGAGGUUGACACCUGUACGGUAUUUAUUCACGUGUAUAUUAUGGUACAAAGGACAGCAGGACCUUGAUCACUCUUCACUUCCUCUACCCCUCCCUCCAUCCUCCUUUACCGCUCUGUCUGUUGGCUACCUACCUGCAAUGUGCCAGUCUCUUAAACUUGUCCAGUGCCUUGUUACACCUUUUAUAUACUUAAAUUUAAAUUCUCCCAAAAAAGUGUAUCCCCUAACGCAGGGUUCUUCAACCCUGUUCCUGGAGAGCUCCCCUCCUGUAGGUUUUCACUCCAACCCUGUUCCUGGAGAG